AUGGAACCUUCCCGCAAGUCCAGCCUGCGGAGAUUAGGAUACCUGUACAGCCAGCAUUAUAAUUCAGGAAAGGCCAUCUUUGCCGCUGGAAGCCGAUAUGUCUUUGGGAACUCGGGCCUGGAAACCCUGGCCCUUGAUCCGGGGCUGGUCCGGACCUGGGAACAUGUCGGUCGCGCGGUCAGCCACUCUCCAUUAGCCCUGCUGCGGGCGUACUGCCACACCAAGCACCGAUGCCAUGUCGCGUUGACCGACUGCCGCAAUCGCACGUACGGCAUCCGCGAAGAGUACCGGGUUACCGGAGCGCUUCUGGUCGCCCUUGACGAACGGAUGCAAUCCCUGGGGAUCGCCAGCCAGGCGCUGACGGUGCCCAAUGAAUCCCCUGCCCGGUCCUCGCCGAGGUCAUUCCCACACCACCGAUUUCCAUUCUUCUGCCACAAGACUGGUCUUAUACUGGACUGGCUGCGCUGGAACAUCAACAAGUUCUGCCUAGGGUUUGAAAUGGUGUACAGCCUCCAGCCGCGUACCCUGGUCCACUGGGAGCACACACGGGUUAUGAUGAUGUUUCUUCGGUGCCUGCUCUACACGUAUGGCGGCCAGGGAGCUCAUCCCCGCCGCUGCAAUGGACUGUGGCUUGACCGUCGUGUCCGACCACCCGCGGAGGGCUCUGACCAGGAGCGGGUCGAUGAGGGUUUGGGCAUGGAGCAGGCGCUCCACUCCUAUGGGUAUGCCUGGCUACCGGAGCACAAGAUCGACUGGGCUUCCAUGAUGUUUAGACCGCCCCAUCGGGCGCACAUGGUCUUCAACACGCCCCAUCUCUUGACUGCCUACCACAGUCGAUACCGCGAGCUCGUCCGAGUCCACAGUGACUUCGUUAUCUUCCAUGAUGUGUUCACACGGAUGCAUGCCCUGCGGGAGGACUUUCCCCGAUCUGCCCUGCUCCUGCAACUGUUGGUGGAUCUCUGCCUGCAAGCGUUCCGGAAGGAU